UCCGAUGCAAAUCACCGAAAGAGAAAUAGAAACACUUCAGGAACAAGCAUCUUCAAUUUUCGAUGGCGACGAUGGAGUUAGACACCAAGCUACCGGAGGCCAUAAAUGAAGAGGCGUGCUCCGCCAAACCGGCGACAAAGCACGGCGAAGGUCUUAGGCACUAUUAUCUUCAACACAUUCAGGACCUCCAGCUUCAACUCCGCCUCAAAACUCAUAAUCUCAAUCGUCUUGAAGCUCAGCGAAACGAGCUCAACUCUAGAGUGAGGUUGCUUCGUGAAGAACUUCAGCUGCUUCAAGAACCUGGAUCUUAUGUUGGCGAAGUGGUCAAAGUCAUGGGAAAGAAUAAGGUUUUAGUGAAGGUGCAUCCAGAAGGGAAAUAUGUUGUAGAUAUAGAUAAAAGCAUUGAUAUCACAAAAAUCACCCCAUCAACUAGGGUUGCUCUUCGAAAUGACAGUUAUGUUCUUCAUUUAGUUCUGCCAAGCAAAGUAGAUCCAUUAGUGAAUCUUAUGAAAGUUGAAAAGGUCCCUGAUUCUACUUAUGACAUGAUUGGUGGUCUUGAUCAGCAAAUCAAGGAGAUAAAAGAGGUCAUUGAGCUUCCAAUCAAGCAUCCAGAGUUAUUCGAAAGUCUUGGAAUAGCUCAACCAAAGGGUGUCUUGCUAUAUGGGCCUCCUGGUACUGGGAAAACACUGUUGGCUCGUGCAGUAGCCCAUCACACUGAUUGUACUUUCAUUAGGGUUUCUGGUUCUGAGUUGGUGCAGAAAUAUAUUGGAGAGGGUUCUAGGAUGGUUAGAGAACUUUUUGUGAUGGCCAGGGAACAUGCUCCGUCUAUCAUUUUCAUGGAUGAAAUUGAUAGUAUUGGGUCAGCUCGUAUGGAAUCUGGGUCUGGUAAUAGUGAUAGUGAGGUGCAGAGAACUAUGCUGGAACUUCUUAACCAACUGGAUGGAUUUGAAGCGUCUAACAAGAUCAAGGUUCUGAUGGCCACAAAUCGGAUUGAUAUUCUUGAUCAGGCUCUUCUAAGACCUGGACGAAUUGAUAGAAAAAUAGAGUUCCCAAAUCCUAAUGAGGAGUCUCGUUUUGAUAUCUUGAAAAUACAUUCGAGAAAAAUGAAUUUAAUGCGGGGGAUCGACUUGAAAAAGAUUGCUGAGAAGAUGAAUGGUGCAUCCGGUGCUGAACUUAAGGCUGUCUGCACAGAAGCUGGAAUGUUUGCUCUAAGAGAAAGAAGGGUUCAUGUGACACAAGAAGAUUUCGAGAUGGCAGUUGCAAAGGUUAUGAAGAAAGACACAGAUAAGAACAUGUCGUUGCGAAAGCUCUGGAAGUAAGUAGACUGAAGUAGUAGUUUUACCGUUUGGUCACACACUAAAACUUUCAAACCAAGACGACAGUGAAGGCAGCGGCACAGUUCUCCACAACCAACCUGUUUUGGGAAUUAAAUGAGGCUGUUGGGUGUGAGACCAGUUCAAAGCACUCUCCACUUCAAUGUAAGCUUCUUCUCUAAGUCCUUAUUACACUUUAAAACACGUCAAUGCCCAAUUCCCACUUUGAAAAGUAAAUACUUUGGAGGACCCUCAUGAGCUGCCGUAUAUCUCAAUUUGUGGUACCCGUUGUUCUGAAGGACAUUCUUGCUUUCUUGUCGAUAUUACUUUAUCUUUCCA